UCUCUGGACAGAGAUGGCAGACCAGACCACAGAGGCGCUCUAUGCCGCCCUCGAGUGCAUCAGGGAGGAUACUCUUCAUCGUUCACUCUUACCUCCAUUCAGAAAGUACAGGAAGACAGCUUGGUUCCAGAACUGGGCAGAGACGUUCCGCUGCACACCCCAGGCGGUAUUCGCACCGCGCGACUUCGACCAAUGUAAGAGCAUACUCGAGCUCGCAAAGAGGGAGGGAAAGCGCUUGCGGGCGAUGGGGGCGAGGCACUCCCCAAGCGAUCUAUGGUGCACGAAUGAGUGGAUGAUCAGGAUGGACCGUAUUGACCGUCUGAUCGUGUGGGAUUCGCCGAAGAAUUCAAUCGUAGCUCCAGCAGGGAUGACUCUCCACACACUCCAUCGCAAACUCGGAAUAAACGGACUCGCAAUGCGCAACGUCGGCUCUAUCUCUGACCAGUCAAUUGCCGGGGUCAUCAGCACAGCGACGCACGGCACUGGCUGGGACUUUCCCGUCAUAUCAGGCGACGUCCUUUCCCUCACCAUCCUCCUCGCCAACGGGGAGAUCGUCACCUGCUCGAAAGAAGUCCAGCAAGAUCUCUUCCUCGCCUCCCUCUGCGGACUCGGGGCGACAGGAUUGAUACUCUCAGUCGAACUCCAGCUCGAGCGAAGUUUCAAACUCCAAGAGUCAAGGGAGAGGCUACCCUUUGAAAUCGUCCUCAAGUCCCUCGACCUCUUCGCCCCUGCUUCGGAGCACACGCGCAUCUGGUGGAAUCCCCAAGCAGACACAGCGAUGCUCAUGCUCGCUUCCCGCUCGUCUGCCCCUCUCAGCCCCGCAAAGUCCUCCUGGUUCUGGGGCACCGUCGUCGGCCAUUGGUACCUCGAGUUCCUCCUCUGGCUCAGCCUCGCCUACCCGGAUCUGACGGGCUGGAUCGGCCGCUUUGCCAGUGGUCUUGACGCGAAGAAAGUCGUCGUGGUCGAUCAGAGCUGGAAGAUAUUUAACCUGGACUGUCUUUUCCGACAAUACACGACCGAGUGGGCUCUCCCUGCCUCUCAAGCUCAAUCUGCGCUCUCAGCUCUCCGCGCCCUCCUCGCUACCGAAGCAAAGAAACCGCACGGUCUCCGUCCGCAUUUCCCGAUCGAGAUCCGCUGGUCCGACGCGGACGAAAUCUGGCUCAGCCCGAGCUACGGGAGGAAGACCUGCUGGGUAGGGAUCGUACAGUACAAACCGUACGGUAUCGACGUCCCCUGGCGAGGUGUCUUCGACGCUUUCGAAUCGAUCAUGCUAUCGCACGGGGGCCGUCCGCACUGGGCCAAGCUGCAUCCACUUACCCCCGAGCAGUUGGGGGAGAUGUACCCCCGUUUCGCCGAUUUUAAACGGUUGCUAGAGAGAGUCGACCCAGAGGGGAUAUGGAGGAACGAGUAUGUGAGGAGGCACGUGUUUGGCGAGUGGGAGGGCCAGGGCGCGGACGUGUAUUCGAAGAGAGUGCCGCGUUAGAGUCGGACGGGCAUGUUCGGAAAGAGCGAGUGGAAAGAGAGGGAGUGGGAGGAGACGGAGCGCUAACGACUAGAUAUAGGAAAAUCCGUGUCGAAGAAUGAAUUUAUGCACACUUGCU